AUGGCAGACCUUCAAGACACUGCGAUUCAAUUUGCCGAAACCAUUCAGACCGCGCACAUCAACGAGAACCCUUCGGUAGAACGCGACCUCGCGCCGGAAACAUCGGUGGACUUCAAACAGCCCGUCACACUCGACCGCUCCGGAGACCACUCAGAAGAGCUUGAUGAGGUGGAUGAGGAUGAGAUCCCAUUGUCAAUACUUCGACCGGUGCCAGAAGCGAGGAGGCAGCCUCCGCAUCUUCAGCUCCCGGAUCUACGCUUCGAACAGAGCUACUUGAAGAGCAUCAGCGAGGCGAGUGAUUGGCGAAUGGUGGCAUAUGUGACGAUCAAGGACCAGGUCUUGAUGCCGCUUUUACAAGGAAUGGUCUGGACUCUUGUGGUAGCUGGUUGGCGGCAUACGAACUCGACGGCGAAAUUCUCGGGACAGACUGUUGGUGCCAGGAUACGGCGAUGGUGGUAA